AUGGAGCACCUGAACAGAGAAGGCGAAUGCCCCUGCGGCACCGGCGACUGUGGUGACAGUUGCUUGCGUGGGCGAGUCUUUCUCCCUCCUGGCACGACACUGUCCAGGGCCAUGUCAACAGGGCUUUUCUUUCUGAUGCUGUAUUGUUUUGUUUGGACCAGCUGGUUUCUCGCCUCUGGUGCAGACCUGUGUGCCUCGGAGAGGAGGGCAGCAGACGCCUUGGCAGCGGAGGUCUUGAGACUUAAGGAGGAGCUGGCUGCUCGCCAAGGAGUUCCGGGCUCUAUUGACCAGCUAUAA